AUGAUCUCCUCUUCUUUCACACCAAGCCUUACACGGAGAGACACAACCAAAUCUGCUAGCACAAGCCAUGACAGCACAAUCGGUACUGUCCACCCCCCUUUAAUAAGUGGAGGAGGUGCAUUCGGACCGCAGAGCGCUGGAGCUAUCUAUCAGCACAUCCAUGACAUGGCCGCCAAGCGUGUUUCGACCCUUGAUUAUCUCAGGAAGGCACAUGAAGGACGUGUCUACUGGUUUAAUACAGUCCAUUUCUCAAAGACCGAUUUGAACCGUAUGCCAUAUUUCGAGGCCAAGAAAUUAUCACGCCGCGCCAUCAAUUACAUGUUACUCGGGCUUUCCUUGCCUCCCAUUCUAGAUGUCAAUUCCACGCCAUUUGAAUACUUACGAGCCCUCAAUGCGCUCCUUCUCGAAUUUGAGGCUUUCCAGCAAGUGCACCCACCUGAUGGCACCUCAUCAUCUACUUUAGCCAGAACUCGCAUUCCGCAGAUGUUCAAAAGAGCAACCCACGCCGGUAAUAAAACCCGAAGAGCCAGCUCUGCGACAGAGAUUGGGUUGCCAAUGCAAACAAGCGAUCCGUCCGAUCUUAAAACGAUGUCGGGAAACAUUGCUUCUUCUGCUUCCACAGCCGCCUCGGUCAUAUCUUUCCCCCAAACCGACUCGUCCGAGCUUCUGCCCGGGGAAGAAUACUCAUAUCUCCUAACACCAUCAUUACCUUUUGAACCGGAUUUUUUCGAGACAUUUGCAACGCUCUGCGAUGUGCUGAUAGACUGUUACACCAGACUAGUUACUCUGGUAUCCACUCCUGCCAUUUGUACCGUGGCUUUAGGAGAAAUGUUUUCAAAGGCCGAUGCGAAGCUGCGGAAAGUAAUGGUCGCAGGUGUAGUCAGGGAAUUUGGAGAAAUCAGUCGUGCAAGCGCAAAGAAUGAGAUAGCUAGUGUCAGCCGUGUCGUCUUGGGUGGCUUGUUAGGAUAA